AUGGACAACGGCAAGGAUGUGGGUUCAAUUCACAGGCCACCUAUGCUUGAUGGGACAAACUAUGACUACUGGAAGGCUCGCAUGGUUGCAUUUCUCAGAUCUAUUGAUGUUGGAAAGGUGUACAAGUCAGUACUCAAAGGGUGGACUCAUCCAGUACAAACCAAAGAAGGAACUUAUACUAUGGAACUCAAAUCUGAAGUGAACUGGAGCAAGACAGAAGAUGAAGAAGCUGCUGCAAACUCUAAGGUUGAUUCAUACGUGCACUGUUCUAAAGAUGCUUGGGAGAUUCUCAAGGUUGCUCAUGAAGGUACAACUAGAGUUCGCCUAUCAAGACUUCAACUGCUAACCACUCAGUUUGAAAACCUCAAGAUGAAGGAGGAAGAGACAAUCUCUGGGUUUCACAUGCGUGUACGUGAUAUUUCUAAUGCUUCUUUUGCUCUGGGAGAACCUAUGUCAGAUGAGAAGCUUGUCAGAAAAAUUCUCAGAUCAUUGCCCAACAAAUUUGACAUGAAAGUUACUACCAUAGAUGAGGCACAGGAUAUCAGUAGCAUCAAAGUAGAUGAACUUAUUGGAUCAUUACAAACUUUUGAAAUGUCUCUGAAUGAUAUGCCAGAGAAAAAGAGCAAAAGCAUUGCUUUUAUGUCUAAUGUGGAUGAAGAUCAAAGUGACCAAGAGGCAGGCGAAAAUUUGUCAGAAGCCAUAGCCUUGCUUGGUAAGAAGUUCAACAGGGUCAUGAGAAAGUUUGACAGAAGAGCCAGACCAAAUGUCUUAGACAAACGGUCUGACAUCAUCAAGAACUCAGGGAAUGCACUGAAGAACAAGGAAGAAGACAAAUCUAAAGGAGUGCAAUGUCAUGAGUGUGAAGGGUAUGGCCACAUUAGAUCUGAAUGUGCUACUUUUCUAAAGAAGCAAGGAAAAGGAAUGGUGGCUACCUGGUAUGAUGAUGACUCAGAAGAUGAAGCUGGAAAUCCUGUAAUGGGAUUAAUGGUGAAGUAUAACUUAGAGGUAGAUUCCAGCAAUAAGGAUGUCUCUGGAGGAGAACUAGCUGAAAACUAUGAGAUCUUACUGAAAAAGUGGCAUGAAGCUUGUGACUAUGGUAAAAAGCUGAAUAGUACUGUGAAGAAACUACGUAAGGAAAAGCAAGAUCUUCUCAGUAUCAAUAACAAUCUUCAGGAGGAAGUGUCUGUUCUGAAAUCCAAAAUUGAAGGUAUGAUCAAAUCUGUACGCAUGUUAAAUAAUGGUACUGAUAUGUUUGAUCUGAUGCUAGAAUCAGGAAAGACUACCAAAGACCUGAAAGGGUUGGGGUAUGAGAAUGAUUCCACAACUAACGAUUUCAAAAAGACAACUCAUGAGUUUGUACCUGCUGAGAGGAAAUCUGAAUUUCACAUGUUCAACCAAUUGUCUCAACAUGAGGUCAAACAUGUGUAUCCACAAACAUCUCAUGUUCAGAAGAAAGGAAAUUCAGGAUGGAAAUGCAAUCACUGUGGAAAAUAUGGUCACAUCAGAUCACAUUGUUAUAGGCUACAUGGUUAUCCAAAGGCUAAGACAUCUCAGUCUGGGAGAGAUGUAACUUUUGGUGGUGGAGUCAAAGGAAGAAUCAUAGGAUCUGGAAAACUUGACAGUAGAACUUCACCUGAACUUAGUGAAGUAUUGCUUGAAGAAGGUUUGACUGCAAACUUAAUCAGUAUAAGCCAAAUUUGUGAUUUGGAGUUGAAUGUGACUUUUAGCAAGUAUGGAUGUCAAGUAACAAAUGCAACAGAUAAAGUUGUGAUGAAAGGUGUGAGAACAAAGGAUGAUUGCUAA